AUGACGGAUGACGAAUUUCAGGCGAUUUUGGAUGGAGUAAACCAGAGGGAAGAUGAUACUGCCACGAUGGUUGAGGAUCUGAACCUCACAUCUAGGGCAGUAGGAGAAGAUGAAGAAGGCAGGGCAGGAGAGAAAGAGCCAGAGUCAGUGAACCCCCAGACAGAGGCGGGGAAGAGUGAUGUACAUGUGGAAGCAGAAGAAACAGAAGCGAGACCAGAAGUACCCAACCUAGUGGCACCUCCGGUGACGAAACCGAAGGUCGUCAAGAGGAAGUUGGUGUUGAAGGGCGAACCUGAGUCUAGUCGGCCAAUGCCGCAAAGGUCAGUAGGCCUCGAGGAGCAGAGAAUUGACAAUGCCUGUACCAGGGGAGAGACCGACCCUACUACCCAGGAUCCACUUUCGACACAAGCUGAGAAGGAACCCGAAGAAGAGAAAGACGAGGAUGACAGAGAGGAAGCCAGAUAUCAAGUAGAAAGGAAACGGAAAGGGAAAGGCCCUGUCAAGAAGAAGCCCAGCAGCAAGAGGCAGCACACAUUCAAUACUGGCGUAGUCAUAACUGAAGCCACUCAGAGAACCCCACCAAACCGCAGAGAGUCGAGCGAUAACGAUUACACUGCCAGCGAUGAAUCCGAAUCAGAUAGCGAUACGUCCAUAGAGGAUGAGGAGUACAAGGAGCAACAACUCCCAGGCGAUCAUCGGGAGCUAUUACAUCCUCCUGCGGAGAGACUCCGAUUCAGGAGAUGGGCAGUGGAGCUCACGGACGAGUUAGUGGAGGAGAUGAAACUUUUCGACUCCAAAAAGCUCCAAGAUGCUUUCGGCACCAAGGAUGACAAGAGCAAACAGGUUAAAUGUGGAAAGGGCAUACCACGUUUCUACGCGAUGGGAGAAGAAGCUAUACCAGCCGGGAGAGCGACGGCAGCCCAGGGAACACCAGCGCAGGAGCAGAGGCAGGAGAGGUUGGAAAAAACAGUGGCUGAGUUAGCCGAUGAUAAUAGGAAAGCAAGAGCGGAGUUAAGCCGUUUGGCAACUGUGGUGGAAGGAAUCCUGAAAGAACUGGCUACCGGGAAGUUGGUAGUAUAA